CCUUCAACAUUGUAAAUUGUCAAAGCAACGAUGGCUAGCAUGAAAACCACCUUUCUACUUGCUCUUAUUUUCCUUCUUUUGCAAACUGAGUUUAUUUCACUUGAAGUUAUAUGGUCCAAUUCUAGUGCUGGCAACUCCACUGUGGGUUGCAUUGACAUGGAAAGGGAAGCCCUUCUUAAAUUUAAAGAAGGUCUUGAUGAUCCUUCAAGAACUCUUUCUUCCAGGGUUGGCGAAGAUUGCUGCAACUGGUUGGGAGUAGGCUGUAGCAAUCGAACAGGUAACAUCAUAAAACUCGACCUCAAUGGCCAACUUUUAUGUGAUCAAAUGUCUGGUAAUACCUCAACAGAAUGUUGGAAUCCUUUGAUCGGUGUUUUAUUUUCUCCUCUUUGCUUGAAUUAAAAUAUCUAAAUUACUUGGACCUAAGCAAUAACAAUUUCACUGGAAUCCCUUUCCCAAAUUUCAUUGGUUCUCUCAAUAAGUUGAGUUACCUUAAUCUAUCCCUUUCAAACUUUGGUGGAACGAUCCCUCCUCAAAUUUGGAAUCUUUCUAACUUGCUUUAUCUUGAUCUCUCUUUGAAUUCCCUAACAGCUUCAAACAUAAAUUGGCUCUCCGGUCUCACUUCCCUAAAAUACCUCAAUUUGAAUGGCGUGAACCUUUCUGAAGCAACUACUGAUUGGCUUCAAACUGUUAAUUUGCUCCCUUCUCUGUUGGAGUUGCACUUGUCCAAUUGUGAACUUCAUUAUCUCCCUCAAAGUUUUCCCUCUGUCAACUUUACGUCACUUUCAGUACUUGAUCUCUCUUUAAAUGUCUUCAACCCUUCUUCAAUUCCUCAAUGGGUGUUCAAUUUCACUUCCCUCACAAAACUCGGACUUCGCCAGUGCAAUCUCAAAGGCUCCAUCCCUAAGAUUGCAAAGGGGAACAUUUGCAAUUUGAGGAACUUAGAUUUAUCAGAAAAUUAUAAUUUAAGUGGCGAAAUAACAGAAUUUUUCCAGGCCUUAUCGGAAUGCAGUAACAGUAGCCUAGAGGAGUUAUAUUUGGGCAUUAACCAACUCAUUGGGAAUAUCCCUCAUUCUUUGGGGAAUUUAAAACGUUUGAGAGUGCUUCAACUUUACGGCAACACAUUCUCCGGUUCAAUUCCAUCAUCUAUACAAAAUUUGUCCUGUUUGGAGAUACUGUCCCUCGAAGACAACAAGAUGAAUGGAACCAUACCAGAAUCAAUUGGACAACUUUCUGAGUUGAGAGAGUUGCGUCUCUCCGGGAAUUACUGGCAAGGUAUCAUGACUGAAACUCAUUUCCUAAAUCUCACAAAAUUGUCUUAUUUUUCCUUGUCGUCAUCAUCUAGUAACCUUUUAGUUUUCAAUGUGACACAUGACUGGAUUCCUCCUUUUAGUCUAAAAUAUGUCAAGAUUUUGGACUGUCAAUUGAACUCUACAUUCCCUGCAUGGCUUAGAACACAGAAGGAACUCACAAAGAUCCAUUUAGUAAAUACUGCAAUUUCGGAUACAAUAUCAAAUUGCUUGUGGAACUUGUCUUCACAGCUUGUGAAGUUAGAUCUUUCUCAUAACAAAUUAAUGGGAAAUCUCCCUAAGUCAUUAAACUUCUCUUUCUUGCUGAGGGUAUUUCUAGAUUUCAAUCAUUUAGAGGGUUCCCUACCACUAUGGCCUCAUGUGACUGAGUUAUCUCUGAGAAACAAUUCACUUUCAGGAACAAUACCAAUAAGAAUUGGCCAAGAAAUGUUAUUCUUGAAAGCUUUGGAUCUUUCUGGCAACUUUCUUAUUGGUAGCAUCCCAUCAUCCAUAAAUGAAAUAACAUAUUUGCGCUCUCUUCUUCUAUCUAACAAUUAUUUAUCUGGAAAUAUCGACUACCACUGGGAGAGAAUGCCAGGUCUGGUCUACAUAGAUCUGUCCAAGAAUAAUCUAUCUGGUGGCAUUCCAAGCUCAAUGUGCUCACUACAUCAACUUAUGUGGUUGCAAUUGAGUAACAACAAUUUUUCUGGGAAUCUCUCUUUAUGCCUGAAAUUUAUUUCAAGCAAAUCACUAAUGACACUUGAUCUUGGUGAGAAUAUAUUAUCAGGGCCCAUACCAGAAUGGAUUGGAGAAAGACUUUCGUCAAUAAAGAUAUUAAGCUUAAGAGGAAAUAUGCUCUUUGGGAAAAUUCCUAAACAAUUGUGCAAUAUCACUUGCAUCCAUGUCUUGGACCUUGCCCAAAAUAAUUUCUCAGGAUCUAUUCCAUCAUGUUUUGGUAGUUUGGUUGGUGACAAGUAUUUUGAUGGCAUAAUAUUUGAAGAGAUCACAGCGCAUAUGGAUUUCGUUGUUAAAGGAAGACAAUAUGAAUUCUACAAUCAGAUCUCAAUUGUUAAUCUCAUGGAUUUUUCAAAAAAUAGUCUUUCAGGAGAGAUCCCCACAGAACUAACAAAUUUGACCUUUUUGAAUUCGUUGAAUUUGUCAUGGAACCAUUUGACGGGAAUUAUACCAGAGAAUAUUGGAGCUUUGCGCUAAUUAGAAUCUCUUGACCUCUCAAGCAACCAUCUUUCAGGUCACAUUCCUUCAAGCAUGUCUUCCAUGACUUUUUUGAGCCAUUUGAACUUGUCAUAUAACAACUUGUCUGGACAAAUUCCAUCAACCAACCAGUUUCAAACCUUCAAUGAUCCGUCUAUUUAUGAAGGUAACCCACAACUUUAUGGGCCUCCUCCAUUGCCAACAAGUCUCUCAAUGCCAAGUGACAGGAAUGCAGAACAUAAAAAUGGUGAAGAUCAAUUUGAAAAGUUAUGGUUGUACCUAAGUAUUGCACUGGGUUUCAUUGUGGGAUUCUGGACUGUUUGUGGCAGCUUGUUGAUAAAGAAGUCUUGGAGACAUGCUUACUUCUGUUUUGCUGAUAAAGUGAAAGAAAAGCUUUUAGUGGUCAUUGCAAUGAAAAUGGUUUGUCUGCAGAGGAAGAUUCAAGCAGGAAGUCACUGAGAUUGGGCUAAUGGGAUCAAGCAGUGUAAUAUAUAUGUAUUGUACUGGUUCUUUGGUUGUCAUGUAUCGUACUUAAUAUUUUUGCUUAAGCUUUUUGGUUAAGUAAUGUCUCAAUAUGUGCCAAGUGGAGUCUUCUGUUAUCUCCCCAACAGGAGCUUCAAUAAAUUUGAAGCUGCACGUGACAAGACAAAUUAUAGUUUGUGCUUCUCAUGUAUCCUGUAAAAUAUAGUGAAGAUGCUUG